AUGGAAGUUGAUUAUGUUGACCAACCCCAAUGGGCAGUAACUGUCCCGUUAGAAGACUUCUGGAAUAUAGUUAACUGGGAAAGUAUCAGAAGUCAACAACAAUCAACCAACACAAAUCUAGAAAAAUAG